GAUGACAGGAGAUGUGGUUGUUGCCGCGGCAGCAGAGUGGAUCAGAUCAGAGACAGUAAAACACUCGUCUUCUGUUUCAUUUUUCUUCCUGUAAACCUCCGUCCUGUUUUCACCUGGAAACGUUGCUUCUUCCUCCUCUUCUUCAUCACCAUCACCAUCACCAUCACCAUCAUCUUCAUCAUCAUCAUCCUCAGCUGUGGACGGCCAUACAUGGACAUGGAGUAGGGACGGAUGGACGCCUCCUUCUCUCUGCUGAAGUCCUUCAAUAAGAGAGAGAGAGAGAGACGGAUAGAGGCUGCAGAAAAACACUUAGAGGGAGGGAGGCUGCUCACACCAUUCUGUCUAUCUUGCAACUUCAGGGACCAUCAUCACAAUUUAAUAAGAAUCUGAAAGGCUGCGGCGCUGCAACAAAUCUGUCUUCAGAGAAAGAGAGGCCGGACAAGAGAGCUGGAGUCAGACAGACACCAACGUUUUAACACAUUCUCUGCUUGGCAUUUUAAAUCCCUGCAGCAAUAAACCAGAACAACUUUAUUAUCAAACAACAGCUUUAUUAUUUCUACUCAGGCCUCAGGAAGGGUUAGAAAGAGGUUGGGAGAACGUCACAUCUCAGCCUUAAAGGAGUCGCCUUAAAGGAGCUGCCUUAAAGGAGCCACGUCAUCCUGAGCAGCACCUUAAGGCAACAGGACGCCCCGGCUGCAACUUAUAAUAAAGGACGGGCUUCGUAUCUGUCACAUGCAUCUGCCUUCCUGCUCUGUCAAAGAGUUAGUUUCAUGGCUUGAUACCAAACUCCUUGUGACCCCUCCCUCUGCCCCUUCUCCCCCAUUAUCUCUCCUCAACAUGUCUGACCGCCUCGUGUCUCACUAUCCCGACGGCUUCAGGGUCUCAGAGCAGGAAAAGCAGUGAUCCAGGUUUUAUCCCAGGUGCCCUCCUCAGACUUCCCCCAAGGACAGGUCCCGAUUAUCUGAUCAAGAUGGCAGCUGGCGUGGCAACAUGGCUGCCAUUUGCCCGGGCGGCAGCCGUGGGCUGGCUGCCGCUGGCCAAGAAGACGAUGCCCAAACCUCCAGUGGACAAUUCGUCCAAAUCAGACGAGAUCCUGUAUGUCAACGUCAGCGGCGUCAGAUUUCAGACUUGGAAGAACACUCUGGACCGGUAUCCUGAAACAUUGCUGGGCUCUUCAGAGAAGGAGUUCUUCUACAAUGAGGAUACACAGGAAUAUUUCUUUGACAGAGACCCUGAGAUGUUUCGGCACAUUCUGAACUUUUACCGCACCGGAAAGCUGCACUACCCACGACAUGAGUGCAUCCAGGCCUUCGACGAGGAGCUGGCCUUUUAUGGCAUCGUGCCAGAAAUCAUUGGCGACUGCUGCAUGGAGGAAUACCGGGACAGGAAGAAGGAGAACCAAGAGCGUCUCGCUGAGGACACGGAGGCCAACGAUGGGUCGGACGCCCCCCUCCCUCCACACAGCACCUCCCGAGAGCGUCUGUGGCGAGCCUUUGAGAACCCCCACACUUCCACCAUGGCUCUGGUCUUCUAUUAUGUCACUGGCUUCUUCAUCGCUGUGUCUGUCAUCGCCAACGUGGUGGAGACGGUGCCCUGCCGCCCCCCAAAGGGCCGAGUCAAGGAUCUUCCCUGUGGGGAGAAGUACCAGCUGGCCUUUUUCUGCAUGGACACGGCCUGUGUGCUCAUCUUCACCUUCGAGUACCUGAUGCGUCUGUUCGCGGCUCCCAGCCGCUGCAAGUUCAUGCGCUCGGUGAUGUCGGUGAUCGACGUGGUGGCCAUCAUGCCCUACUACAUCGGCCUGGUGAUGCCCGAGAAUGAGGAUGUGAGUGGUGCCUUUGUCACCCUCCGUGUUUUCAGGGUCUUUCGGAUCUUCAAGUUCUCGCGGCACUCUCAGGGACUUCGUAUCCUCGGCUACACCCUAAAGAGCUGCGCCUCCGAGCUGGGCUUCCUGCUCUUCUCCCUCACCAUGGCCAUCAUCAUCUUUGCCACCGUCAUGUUCUACGCCGAGAAGGGCACUAAGGGCUCCACCUUCACCUCAAUCCCGGCCUCCUUCUGGUACACCAUCGUCACCAUGACGACGCUCGGGUACGGGGACAUGGUUCCAAACACCAUCGCAGGGAAGAUCUUCGGCUCCAUCUGUUCUCUCAGCGGUGUCCUGGUCAUUGCUCUGCCAGUUCCCGUCAUCGUGUCCAACUUCAGCCGGAUCUAUCACCAGAACCAGAGAGCGGACAAGAUGAGAGCUCAGCAGAAAGUGCGUUUGGCUCGAAUUCGAAUGGCAAAGAAAGGAACAACCAACGCUUUCCUCCAGUACAAAGAAGACCGGUCCCUCGGGGACCAGGGCAGCGACAGUUCGGUUCUAUGUGUGAAGAACAAGUCAGCGUUCGAGCACCAACAUCACCACCUGCUGCACUGUCUGGAGAAGACAACGAACCACGAGUUCACAGAUGAGAUGACCUACAGUGAGGUGUGUAUGACCGAGUCAGUGGGCUUCAGGACCAGUCGCAGUACUUCCCUGUCCAGCCAGCAGGGGACACAGAACAACUCCACGGGCUGCUGCCCUCGUCGCGCCCGGAGGAGAGCCGCCAUGCGACUGGCUAACUCCACUGUGUCGGUGAGCCGGGGCAGCAUCCAGGAGCUGGACACGCUGCACAUGAAGACUACGUCCAUACCACAGCAAACUCGAUCCAGUCUGAAUGCAAGGACGGAUGAUCUGAAACUGAACUGUGGGGAACAAGAUUUUACUGCCGCCAUCAUCAGCAUCCCCACGCCGCCUGCCAACACACCGGACGAGAGCCUCCCUCCAUCACCUGCCCCCAUCCCUGGCAUUCUGCGCAACACCAGAGCCACCGCCUACACCCAUGAAACCGUCAAAAUCUCUUCCUUAUAACGUCUGACUUCCUUCCUGCCCCUUGACAACAACCCCUACUUUCCCAAACAACGUUGAACCUCCUGUGAACCUGUCAUCCUGGACUGGGGGACUGCUAGCUGAGGCUUUGGGUACGAAGACUAUCGAAGGAUAAUGUGUCCAGACACUAAAGCUGAAAACUUGAAAGCAACAACUUUCCUUCGCCACCCCCAUCCUGCACAAUUUAACCCUUUGGAACUCUUUGCACAAACUCCAGGAGAGUUCAUUAUCAGGAAUAAAAGCCAAGACCCCCAGAAGCCAAAAUUCUGACUGCUGAUUAGGUUUUGUUGAGUCAGUUCGUUAAACGUAAUGUUUAAGUGGAGCAAAGCAAAACUGCUGCUUAGAAGAGAGAUCUUCUUUUUCAGUCCUUGAAUGGAUGGAAUGGUCUUGUAUGGAAUGAAAAGCUGAUAUGUUGCUGUCGAUCCUGAGAGACUGUUGACCACUGGAGAAUCAUUUAGACUCAGUUUAGUGUCUGGAAAAACUACAACAACAAAACGCCAGCGGCUUCAGGCUCCUAUGGGUUUUGUUGGGAAACAGUUGCCGGUCAUCAUCCAAAUGCAACUAAAACAAAAAGAUGUGUCUAGGUUUGUAUUGUGUCUUUAUGCAGAACAGGAAAUUUUCUCUUUCAUUCCACUAUCCAAGUCUGACUCCAGAAGAAGCUGCACUGCUGAGUUCAUUUCCUUGAAAUAGAAAGACUGUGGGUUACAAUGCAAAUGAAGAGGAUGAAAGAAAGGUCAUCAGUCAGACUGAGUUUGAAUGCGUUUGAAUCUCCUCAGCAGCUCUGGUCAGCACGUCAUGAAAUUGAACGAUGAGACAAAACUCUGGAGUUUUUUAUCUGAAUACAGCUGCAAAUAUUGAAGAAAUCUGGAAGUCUCUGUGAUGAAACAGAUUAACGCACAAACCAAACUGACCUUUGCUGUUCGCCUCCACUGACCUAGUUACUACUUAAAGGACCUGAACUGGGCUGAAUGGACCGGUUCUGAGCUGCACCGGUCUCACCUGGGUUUCUAAAGAGAACUGCUGAACUACAGAUUCAGGACUGGAUGAAUCUGGUCUAACCCUAACCCUGAACCUGUCUAGUCUGGCUGUAGCUCUAAGACCGGGAUCAAGGGCCUUUUACUUUUCAAAAUAUGCAACAUUAAAACAAGCAGGAAAUUAGCAUCAAAAUGAACAGAAUAAUACCAGUAACAAUAACAAUGUGUGCGUAAUUAUUGCAGGGAACAAAAUAUAAAGCAACUAAGACAUUCAUUGGUUAUGUGAUAUUUUCUUCCUGCAAUAGAUUCAAAUGGGAAAGGAAACAAGAAAACCAACAACUGUUUAGCUCUGAGAUCACCUUUGUCUCGAUGACGCGCACUCUGGAAAAAAUAUGUUUAUUUCCAGCACGUUAAUUAAAUUAUUUUAAAAACCAAUCAUUUGCAUCAAACUCAACUUCUCUGAAGAGGACAUUUGCUCCGGUAACAAGAAAUCUUGACAGAAUAGCUCGACCUGCACAUCAGCAAGACUCAAAGAUCCUGUGAAUAUUAUUUAUUCUUUUAUUUAUUAUAGUUUAUUCCUGAGUCUCUACUGCUGAACAGAUGUCUCACGUUCUCUGUACACUGAGUUCAAAAGUUUAAAUUAAUUUGCAACCUUAUUAGCCAUAUUGUCAUGAUGUAACAGAAGGUAAUCCACAAAAAGUAUUAGAAAAAUAUUGAUAACACAGUGAAUUCAGUUUUGUAUCCAUGAAUUUGUCUCUGUGUCUCCAUUUUCUAGGUCAGCAAUUCAAAGCUCCCUGCAGAUCUAGAAAGAACAAAAUUUUACAUGAAUCAUUUUAAGGUGACCUAUUAUUCUCAUUUCCAGCUCUAUAUGUUUAUUAAUAGACUCCACUAGAGUAGCUCUGCAUUAAUCACCCUUAAAUAAAUAGAUAAUCCAUGCAGCACUCAAGUGGAAAUGUCAGCUCCUGUUUAUUUAAGACAGGAAACAUUGUUGGUUAAAUAUGAGAUCAUGACCUUCUUACUGUGUGACAUGCUGGAGCUUAAAGGAACCUGUGAUGAGCUCCACAUCUAUUCUACAGGAACAUCAGAAACAUGUUAAAUGUGGGAUCUGUCUAUCUGUAUCUAGAAUGGAUCUAUCUUGAAUGAACUGAGCAUGUGCAGAGCUGAGCAUUAUGUGGAUAUUGAUGAAAGCUGCUGAAAGCUCAUUAGUAAGAAAACAUUCAGAAACACUCUUCUCAUUUAGAACGCCGCUCAGUCUGUGCAUACAACCCAUCAUUCAUAAGAUGUUUGUUACACUGAACCACUCCUUACAGCUUCAUUCGAUGCAUUCUGUUGGUUGAAGUCAAUCCUAACCCUUUGGUUUGUGAAGCAUUGAAGCCCUAAAAGAGGACAUGAGAGUUUCAGACAUGUCGAUUCCCACCAUGUGUGUUAAAAAACACACUUCUUUUCUCAGAGUGCGCCGUCGGUCAUGUGACCUAAUCCUCUGGUGAAACGUUUCCUGUAAGAGUGCGACACACAGACCAGAGACUAGAUGAUCAUGCUGUAACAUAUUUUGUAUCAUAAACUUUCACCUGCAUCUUCCAAUGGCAUCCUCAAACAAAAAAAGAGAAAAAAAAUAGAUGAAAUUCUGACUCUGUGCAUGAACCUCAUACAGUGGAAGUAGCACUACUGAUCAUCAGAACUUAUCAACCAUAUCAGAGAGAAAAAAAAGAAAAAAAACACGACACAAUGAGGAAAAUCUAUCAUCACCUUUUGCAUGACGACUCUUAUUUUAGUCUCCUACCAGUUGUUAGUUUGUUUUUAUCAUCCCUCCCUCCCAAACCUUCCAGAUGAGUGUUUGCACCACAGAGAAGAUUAGAGAUGAUUAUAUUAAAGAAUCAUUCAGGCAUGUUCCUCGCCAGAAUGCAAAGAGCGUGUGUGUGUUCGUGUGAAUGUGUGUGCUUGUAUGAUGAGCAGUCACAAAUAUGCAUGGAUACCGUUAUAGGUAUUUUAUCUGUUUUCUCCCGUGGUUUAGAGCGAUAUGACGAUGAGAGGAGACUGAACACACCGAGUGUUGGACUUAAUCAAAUGUCUUUUAAUGUUUUCACUUUGUUGUCUGUAAAUCUGACUCCCAGCUCUGCUAUAAAUACAUGUCACACACCAGAGGACUCCGUAUAUAUGGACAGAGUAUUUAUAUGGACAAAAAGUACUUAGUAAUAAAGACUGUCAUUGCUUGAGGAUGGAAGCAGUUGAAAGAAUUAAAUGUCCACAUUGUUCAGGGACACUAAGGACUGAACAGAGGUGAUUUAAUUAGUUAUUAACAGUUGCACUAAUUUCACAGAGAUGUGACUUUAUUGAUGUUCAUUCAUCAAAUCCCUCAGUUAACGAAUUUAUGAAUUUACAGACAUGAAAAAGUCUUAACUGAACAUGCUUUACAAACCUCUUCAUUAUAUGUUGUUCAUUCUUGACUUUAGCCACGAGCAGAGUGACGCAGGUUAAAUGUUAAGUGAAUGUUAAAUGAUUGGUUUGUGAAUAACGGCUGGGAGUCACGGUCUACUACACAUGCUUCAGCAACAGCUGAUAAGUUAAAAUUCACAUGGUUCUGGAUGAUGAUCUUAUGAACUGAAGAACUGAUUCAUUCAUUCAAAUGUGUCUCAUGUUUUUGUAAAGAUCUAAAGAAGAGUUUUCAUCCUGAUUCCUGGAGACACUCCUGUGUACAUAGAACCAGACAGACAAACUGUACGAAAUGUUUUUUAUGGUUAUAAGUUAAAACGAGGUGUUCAGCUGCUUUUAUUCAAAGAACAUCUGAGUGAAGAUUCAGGAGAGCAGCCAGUCAUAUAUUUAAAACGUGAUGCGUCUCCAGGAAGUUCUGAUGAAAUGAUUAGUUAAUGUUCAGUCUCAGAGUGGAGAGGAGAGAGAUGAAUGUAUGAAGGAGAAAACAGCUUUAAAGCACAGAGGUGUAUAUUCCAUUCCACUAAUAAAGUCAAAAGAAACCAGAA